GCUGGCCUCCACUCCACCGAUUGCUGCAGGGGACUGGGAAAUUCGCUGUACAGGAAACGAGGGAGGAAACUACUCAGAGAAGAAUUAUAGCGAUACAUGACAUUUCCAUGAACCUGGGGUUAAACCUACUACGAAAGUGACUGUUGGCCCUACUAAGCCUGAGAAAGACAGUGCUUCUGGGAGAGAGGGCAAGUCAGAUCUCCAGGAAGUGGUCUCCCUGAAGGAGCGGAUGGCGCGGUACCAAGCAGCUGUUUCCAGGGGCGACUGCCAUAGCUUCUCAGCUAAUAUGAUGGAGAACUCAGAAAUGUGCACAGUGCCUGGUGGUUUGGCCAAGGUGAAGAAACACUUUGAAAAGGAUGAAAUUACUUCUUCCUGUGAUACCUUUUCUCAGUACCAAUACCAACACCAGAACAGGACUGCACAGGAGGUAAUCCACAGCAGUCAGGCAGUGAAAAGAAAUGAAGAAAUUUCCAAAGCAAAUGGGAUUGAUGCUCUUGAAGCAGGAAUGGUCUCUCAUCUUGAAAAGGACAGUGAGGAAAUAAAUCAAGCUUCUCAGUUUAGUCAAUAUGUUCAAGAAACAGUCAUUGACACACCUGAUGAUGAAGAGAUUCCUAAGAUUUCAACUAAGAUUUUAAAAGAGCAGUUUGAAAAGUGUGCCCAGGAAAAGGUCCUCUAUUCUGACAAAGAGACAAGAAACCCAGCUAAGCAGAUUAAGAUUGAAAGUGAACAUGAAGAAACUACAAAGCCAACAUCAGUUGUGGGCACUUCUUCCUCUUCUUAUACUUCAGCUAGUCAGAGGAAGCAAACGUCAACCUCAACAUAUAGUGACCAUAAUGCCACUUCCUUGACCCUGGCACACGUUAAUGCCAUUUCUUCAGGAGAUACAGAAGAAUUUCCACCUCCUCCACCUGACAUACUGCAAACCCCAAUGGAUGUGACAGCAUUUUCCCAGUCCCCUGAAUUCCCUACCCCUCCUAGAAGACUACCAGUCCCCAAAGAUGUCUAUGCCAAACAAAGAAAUUUGUAUGAAUUAAACCGUUUAUAUAAACACAUUCAUCCUGAGUUAAGGAAAAACUUAGAGAAAGAUUAUAUCAGUGAGGUUUCUGAGAUUGUUUCUAGCCAAAAGAACACAGGGAGCUCAGUUUCAGCAGAUGUGCAACAUGCCCGAUACGUGUUUGAAAAUGCAAAUGAUAGCUCUCAAAAAGACCUGAACUCAGAAAGAGAAUACUUGGAAUGGGAUGAAAUUCUGAAAGGGGAAGUGCAAUCUAUGAGAUGGAUCUUUGAGAAUCAGCCAUUAGAUUCCAUCAAUAAUGAUUCUCCAGAUGAAGGUAACAAUUCCAAGGGCAUUGCUGACCAAGAAGUCAUUGCUGGUGGCGAUGUGAAGUACACAACAUGGAUGUUUGAAACUCAACCCAUAGAUAUACUGGGGGUCACUUCUUCUGGCACUGGAGAAAAUGCUGACAAAAUUCCCGAGCUGGCCCGAGGAGAUGUUUCCACAGCCCGGUGGAUGUUUGAAACAAUGCCAUUAGACUCAAUGAAUACAAUGCAUCAAAAUCAAGAAGAAUCAGCAUCAACAGUUACUAGGGACAUAACUGGGGGAGAUGUCAAGACUGUGAGAUACAUGUUUGAGACUCAACAUCUGGAUCAACUUGGACAACUUCAUUCAGUGGACGAGGUUAAUUUACUGCAGCUCAGGUCUGAACUCAAAGAAAUUAAGGGAAAUGUUAAGAGAAGUAUAAAAUGUUUUGAAACCCAACCACUCUAUGUUAUCAGAGAUGGUUUAGGUCAAAUGCUAGAAAUCAAAACUGUUCACAGAGAAGAUGUUGAAAAGGGGGAUGUAAGAACAGCACGUUGGCUGUUUGAAACACAGCCUUUAGACACAAUUAACAAGGAUAUCAAGGAAAUUAAAGUUAUCCGAGGAAUAUCCAUGGAAGAAAAUGUCAAAGGUGGUGUGGGUAGAGCAAAGUGGUUAUUUGAAACCCAACCUUUGGACAAAAUUAAGGAAGAGUUAGGAGAAGUCAUCAUUGAAAAGGAAACAAUAAUAGGCACAGAUGUCUCCAAAAAGUGUUGGAUGUUUGAAACACAGCCAUUAGACAUUCUGAAAGAAGUUUCUGACACAAAUCCUGUAUCACCUGAAGAGAUAAUAGGGGGCAAUGUACAAACUACUAAGCAUCUAUUUGAAACACUUCCACUGGAGGCUUUAAAAGAUAGUACUGAUGUAGGAAAGCUUCAGAAAAUCACCACCUCUGAAGAAGAAAAAGGUGAUGUUAGGCACCAAACAUGGAUUUUUGAAACCCAACGAUUGGAAGAGAUUAGAGAAGAUAAAAAAGAAUACACACGAACUGUGAAACUCGAAGAAGUUGACAGGGGAGAUGUCAGGAAUUAUACGCACAUCUUUGAAUCAAACAAUUUAAUUAAAUUUGAUGCAUCACAUAAAAUAGAAGUGGAAGGAGUCACAAGAGGUGCUGUGGAGUUAAAUAAAUCUCUCUUUGAAACUAUGCCACUUUAUGCCAUUCAAGAUCACCUUGGAAAAUACCAUCAAGUAAAGACAGUCAAGCAAGAAGAAAUCCUAAGAGGUGAUGUAAGAAGCUGUAGAUGGCUUUUUGAAACAAGGCCCAUUGACCAGUUUGAUGAAAGCCUUCAUAAAUUUCAGAUAAUUAGAGGAAUAUCUGCUCAAGAAAUACAGAGUGGAAAUGUUAAAUCUGCUAAGUGGCUAUUUGAAACCCAACCUCUUGAUUCAAUCAAAUAUUUUAGUAACACGGAUGAAAUAGAAAAUAAAACUGGACAAGCUACCGAUACUGUUAAAGGGGAUGUCAAAACCUGUAAAUGGCUGUUUGAAACACAGCCAAUGGAGUCUCUUUAUGAAAAAGUUUCUUUAAUGACUGAAAAUGAAGAAAUUCAUAAGGGAGAUGUCAAAACUUGCACAUGGCUCUUUGAAACUUGGUCACUUGAUACCAUAAAAGAUGAUUCUGAAACAACAGUUAAAUCACAAACUGUAAAACAGGAGGAAAUCCAAGGUGGGGAUGUUCGUGCAGCAUGUCUUCUUUUUGAGACGGAAAACUUGGACAGCAUUCAAGGAGAGGAAGGGAAGGAAACUAAGACUGUGGAGACAGAUAUCCAAGCUGGGGAUGUCUCCAGUAUGAGGUAUAAAUUUGAAAAUCAAUCUUUAGACUGUAUAAAUUCCAGUUCAGAGGAAGUUUUGCAAAAGAUCAAGACACUAAAAGCUGAAGAUAUUCAGAAAGGCAGUGUUUUAAAUUGUAGAUGGCUCUUCGAAAACCAUCCAAUUGAUACGAUAAAAGAAAGCCAAGAAAGUGAGGGAUUAGUAAAGACAGUGACAGACAUACAAGGUGGAGAUGUGAGAAAAGGGUGCUUUAUCUUUGAGACUUUUUCUUUAGAUGAGAUUAAAGAAGAGUGUGACUGCAUCAGAACCAAAAAAACAGAUACUGAAGAAGUGAUAAAGGGUGAUGUAAAAAGCUACAGAAUGCUCUUUGAAACCCAGCCACUCUAUGCAAUUCAAGAUCACGAAGGGUAUUAUCAUGAAGUAACAACAGUUAAAAAAGAAGAGGUAAUUCAUGGAGAUGUACGAGGAACGAGGUGGCUUUUUGAAACAAAACCAUUAGACUCAAUUAAUGAAUCACAAAUGGUGUAUGUUAUUAAAUCUGUUACACAAGAAGACAUUCAGAAGGGGGAUGUUAAUUCUAUCAGAUACAGAUUUGAAACACAGCCACUAGAUCAAAUCUCAGAAGAAUCACAUAAAAUUGUGCCCACCUUGGACUACAUUGAAGGUGGCAAUGUGAAGACGAGCAAACAAUUCUUUGAGUCUGAAAAUUUGGGGAAGAACACUUACAUAAGAACUGUAAGUGUCAAUGAAAUACAAAAAGGCAAUGUUAAGACGUCUAUGUGGCUAUUUGAAACUCACGCUAUGGAAGAGCUGAGAGGAGAAGGGUCAGAAUAUGAAAAUAUCAAGACAGUUACUCAGGAAGAUGUGCAAAAGGGCGAUGUUAAGCAGGCAGUAUGGCUAUUUGAAAAUCAGACUUUGGAUUCAAUUAAAGAUGCAGAUGAAAGCGUUACAAAAAUAGCCAAGGAAGAAAUCCCACCUUCUGAUGUCAAGACAACCACAUGGCUCUUUGAAACAACACCUAUUCAUGAAUUCAAUGAAAAUAGAGUACAAAAGGUAGAAAUUAUUGGCAAGAGCAUUAAAGAAACCUUGAAAGAGCUCUACGCUCAAAAAGUUAUUGAGGCUCCUGGAAUUAUCAUUGAAACUGAUGAAGUUGGGGACAUCCGAAUGGCUAAAUAUAAGCUAAUGAACCAAGAAUCUCCUGAGAUACAGAAAGAAGAAGUUGUUAAGGCUGAUAUUGGAAAUAUAAUGAUGAACUUACUUUCCAAAAGGGACUGCACCAAAAAAGAGAUCAUGGUUAGUGAAGAAGAGAAGGGAAAUGUUAAUUUAACUAAAACUCAAUUAUUAAACAGAUCAACUAAAUUUCACGCUGAAAAAGAAGAGAUAGUGAAAGGCGACGUGCAGCAAGCAAUAAAAAACCUGUUCACAGAGGAGAAGUCUGCAAAGAAAGGCAUCUUAAUCCAGGAAGAUGAAAGAGGAGACAUUAACAUGACCAUCUACUGUCUUCUUCAUGAAAAUACUGGUGAUACAGUGAAGCGUGAAGAAGUAGUAGGAGGGGAUGUAAGAAGCACCAUUCACACUUUGUUGUCUUCUGCAUCAAACAGUGCAAUAUCUGAGAAGUCUAAAAUUGAUGCCUGUGAGAGAGGAAAUGUUCAAUUUUUCACAACAUGCAUAGAAACUGGAGCUUUAGAUUACCUCAAACAACUUCACACAGGGUCACAUGAAACAGUAGCAGGGAGGAAAAGAGAAAGUGAAGAAAUACUUGGGGGUGAUGUUGAGGGCACAAAGUUGUUACUAAAGAAAAGGCAGUCUCAGGCUGAACAUACAGUUAAUGAAACCGACAUCUUUCCAGGAGAUGUGCAUAAUAUGGUUAACGUUUUUAUGACAGAGCCUCCCACUACAUCUUCUAAGACAACCAAAGAAGAAAUUAUAGCAGGUGACUUAAAAUCAACCCUAAAGUCCCUCAGCCAGGACAUAAGCCAGAAAACAAUGACUAAAACAGAAGAAAUAAAGGAGGACAUGCUGGCUACCUCCAAGUCACUUAGAGAGUCAAAGCAGCAAUGGAAAGAACCUAAACAACCGGAUGUCAUCCCUGGUGAUGUGGAGAAAGCAAUUGAAUGCCUUGAAAAAGCUACAAAUAUAAGAACUGAAAUUCUAAAAAAGGAGCUUAUUCAAGAUGACCUUAAAAGAUCAUUAAGGUCUUUGAAAGAAGCACAAAGAGGUUUCAAAGAGGUAGAUAAAGAAAGCACAAUCAAAAGAGAUGUCCAUGCUGAAAUGGUAAGAUCCUCAAAAGAGCAGAAAACAGAGAUUCAUCAGGUGGCUAUUCAGAAGGACAACAAAAGCGUUCUUUGGCCAAGGCCAGGACCACUUGGCCAAGAAAGUCUCAGCCAAAUUGAUGGUAAAUCUUGUUAUGGGACUUCUAUGAAAGAAAGAAAUGGCCUUAAUCUUCCAAAAGCCCCCAAAGGCACUGUAAAGAUUGUCAUAGAUCGUGAACAAAAUAAUGAUGCUCUUGAGAAAAGCCUUAGAAAACUUUCUAAUUCCUACCAAGAAGGUGUGAGAAAUGUGUUGGAAACAGGCCACAGAAUGGGUGUCUGGACUGAUGCCACCAAAGAAAAGCAGCUGAGAGAUGAAGGCAGAAACAGGCAAUUAACUUCAGAGGUGGCAAGGAAGGAAAAUCUAAAAACUGAGGAAUCAGAAACAGUAAGAGAACUAAAGAAGGAAGAUAUCUUAAAGUCCACCCAAUCGACUGAGAAAACACUUGGAAAGCACCAGAUUCAAACCUGUGAACUGAGAAAGGACCACCAGAAGACUGAGGCUUUCCAUGAAACAAGUCCUAAAAAGACCAGAAACAUUAAAAUACCAGCAGAGAUGCAAAGUUCCACACCCAGUCCCUCCCAGCAUCUGUUUAACACGCAAGUUGGAGAAACAUAUGAAGUUACAAAAGAUUUUCAGAAGCAAACUAUGCAAAAGCAAGAAAUACACUAUCCUAAUGAGGAUAUAAAGAAAAAUAACAUGAACUUUCAUCCUUUUCCUGUAGAUCAAAACACAUCCAAUGUAACAAAAGAGAAAGUCUCUGAAGAAGGUCACAAUAAAUUCAAAGCAACUGACAAAGAACAGAUAACUGAUGUUUAUCAGGAAAGCCAGGACUUUUUAAUGAAGACAAAUACUUCCAAAGAUUUAAAAAUGGCAAUGGAAAGGUCCUUUAAUCCGAUCAAUUUUAACCCUGAGUUUAAUGUAACAGAAAGCGAAUGCAGCCUCCCACCUCCAUCCCCACCUCCUCCUCCACCCUCCAAUGCACCCUCUGAAAUUGAAUUCCCUCUUCCUCCUCCACCUCCUUUAAUGCUGUUGCCUGAAAAAGAUGAGUUCCCUCCUUCACCAUCCACAGCGAAGAUAAAGGCUGAAUUCAAAAGCUUUCCAGGCCUCCCUUUUCCUCCACCAGCAGUAGAUGAGCAAUCUGAAAGAGAAUGUCUAUCUGAGUUUAUACCACCUCCACCUCCUGCAACUCCAUUUCAAAACUCAGCCCAUCUUUCCUCCUCUGUUCCAGAAAAACACAGUGAAGCAUUCAUCCAACAAUAUUUCCAGAAAGAAGCCACAAGCCCUGAGAAAAUUUGUUCUCAUGCUAAAAUCCUAACAGGAAAAUUGCCACCUCCCACAUUGCCCAAGCCUAAAUUUCCCAAACUAAUCAAAGAUAAAAAGAAUCAACCUUCUCCUAAAGGUGAAUUAGAAAGUUUCCUAUCAGAUAUGGAAUAUAAAACUACUCCCUUACAAUACCAGGAAAGAGCAAUGGUGAAAACGAGCAGGGAGCACACAGACACAAAGCAAGAUUUAUCCAGGAAAAGUCUUGAUGAAAUAAUACAAUUUUCUGUGGAUUCUAAGUCUGUCUCACCAACAACUCCAGAAACUUUACCACUCAAGGAAAAACAGAUAAUACCUCUCAUAAAAUCUCACUCAUUUCCAGAAAAUUCAGGUCAACAGAGUCCAAAACCUUACAUGAGAAAAUUUAAAACACCUUUAAUGAUUGCUGAAGAAAAAUAUCGACAACAAAGGGAAGAGCUUGAAAAACAAAGAAAGGAAAGUACUUGCCACAACAUUGUCAAAAUAGAAAGCCAAAAUCAAAAGAUUUCAGAGUUGGAAAAGGAAAUGCUGUUAGAAAAAACAAACAAGGACACACCCAUGUUCAGAAUGGAUUCAGAGCUCACUGUGGUCCAACCCAACCCAAGUGCUCACAGAAAUGCUCAAAUUUCAGGAGCAUGCUUUGACUGUGAGCUUUUGACAACAUCAGCAGAGACAGUCACGACCGAUGGACACCAGCAUGUUGUAGCAACCUCGGAAGACAAGAACAACAUGAAAAAGGAAGUUUUGCAGAGUUCAAGGGAUAUUAAACAAUCUAAAUCAGCUUUUGAAAUUAACCAGAGUCACCAGGAAUAUAGCACACAGCAAACACAACAGAAGUGUGUGGAGCCAUCAAACUUGCAGCAGGGCAAACCAGCUUCCCCAAGUUUCAAAGUAAAAACCAUCAAGCUCCCAACAACUCUGGAGCAGACAUUGAAUAAAACAGACCACAGCUAUGAAAGCCAUGUGAAACAAUCUGCAGUUGAUGUUCAAACCGUUACCAAACAACAGCAUAAAGAAAGUGAGAAAACGGAAGCACAUACAGAAUAUAGUAAUAAGCAAUCUGUGGCUGAACAUUUGUAUGAGCUCCCUAAGAAGGAGAAAAGGGUGACAAUACAGAUGCCUACAGAGUCUGCAGAAAACAGCCAUGAAAAUAAGCUCAGGAUAGUUCCUGAGAAGCAAAGAGUACAUAGGGAAUCUGACAGAGAGAAGCAUUUAGGGUGUGGAGAAAAAAGUCAGGUGAUCAGCUCAAAUGAGGAGAGGUUAAUAGUUGAAAGAAAACAAGGAUAUAUGAGGAAUAAGUCCGCACCAGAGGUAAUCAAGCCAAAGGUUAUUGAUACACAUCUGGAUUCACAGACUCAGAAUUUUCAGCAAACAUAUACACAGAGUUUUGAAAGUGGAGUUGAACAUAAAGAAUUGUCCUUGCCAUAUAACAGUGUGCAGGAAAAGAAAUGUCUCCGAGACAAGGGCAUACAACAGAAACAAGCCUUUUCUAAUACUAAAGAUUCAAGGCAAGAGAUUUCACAGAACAAAUCUUCAUUUUCCUCUGUGAAAGAAUCUCAGCAGGAUGAUGGAAAAUGUGCCGUAAAUAUAUUGGAGUUCUUGAGAAAACGUGAAGUACUACAACAGAUUUUGUCCAGGGUAAAACAGUUUGAAGUAGAGCCACAUAAAAGUGGCCUUAAAACAUUUCAGACACUGCUAAAUAUUAUUCCUGUAUGGCUGAUAAGUGAAGAAAAAAGAGAAUAUGGAUUUCACAUCGCCACAGAGAGUAAUUUAGAGAAAGUCAAAGAAGAAAUAACACAUAUUAAAACUCAAGCAGAGGAUAUGCUUGCAUACUGUGAAAAUAUAAUUCAUACAGCCAUGAUAGCCUCCCAAACAGGAAGGCAGGGAAAUAAGCUCACUACUCUUAAUGAGACAUCAUCCAGUGUUUCUAGUACUAAUGCAAGCUGUAGUAAAAGCGCUGAACAGAAAGAAAAUAAAGUUGUAAAAGAAAAAAUAGUGCACCACCAAGUAGCAACUCACAAUGAAGCAACUGCUCAAAAUUAUGCAAAAGCCCAUCAAGAAAUUAAUGUAGAUGACAGCCAGAGGUCUCCUCCCUCUUUAAAAACUCGACCACCAUCACCUACUUUUAUAACAAUUGAAUCUUCUGCCCGACGAACAGAAACUCCCACCAAAGAUGAGCUUUCUCAGUCCCCUAUAAAGGACGGUUGUGCUGAACUCCCCCCAAGAAGACCCAUGUCACAUAUAACUAAAAUUCACAGAGCAAAUACUUCCCCUUCUCCACCUAGGAGUCGCUCUGAACAACUUAUCAAACUAAAAGACACCACUACAAAGUUAUCCAGAGGGACCAUCCCAUGUACAACAGUAACCCCCGUUCCAAUUGUAGAGAAGAGGUCUGAGAUCAUCAUGUCUCCAGCAUCACUUCGUCGUCAAAUUAAGAUAGAAAGUCGUGGUAGAGACUCUCCGUCUACCAUCACAAUACCUGUAGGAAUAAAUCAUGUCAGCAGCGGUUCCUACAAAGAGUCCAUGCAAGCCCAAGAGGAAGUUAGGAAAGUAGAGAAAAGAGCAACAUAUGUUCAUAAAGAUGGAGCAGAUUCCAUUAAUGACAGAAUUCCUGACACUGAAAGUUAUGAUGCAGUGGAAAUCAUCCGCAGAGUGGAUGUGCCCCGCCUGUCAGAACGCCCCCAGAGGUAUGAAGCAGCCAAUCGGACGGUUCAAAUGGCUGAAAGUUUCAUGAAUGAUCACAAAAGUGAAAUAAACAAAUGGUUCAGGGAGUUUGAGGAGGAUCCAGUUUUUGAAGCAAAAUCACAUAGAAGAGUUUAUACAAAUGGAGAUGUAAAUCAUGACGUAAAGCAGGAAAGUCAUAUGUUCUUUCAGGAGGAAUUCGGAUUACCAUCCUUAGGAAACACUGAUUUUACAGGCUUUCCCUACAGACAUCCUAGAGAGCUCCAACAGCCCAGAAUACACUCUGAAACAAGGUCUCUAAGUGAGCAUAUCUCGGGCAUGGAUGCCUUUGAGAGUCAAAUUGUUGGGUCGAAGGUGGCAUCCUCAUCAUCACACAGCUCAGAAGUGGGCAAAUCUGGCUUUGACUUCAAGCAUGCCCCGCCAACCUAUGAAGAUGUCAUUGCUGGCCAUAUUUUAGAUGUCUCUGAUUCGCCUCAGGAACUGAGGAAGAAUUUUCAAAAGACAUGGCAAGAGAGUGAAAGAGUUUUUGAAAGCCUGGGGUAUGCAACCUCAGAUGCUUCUGCCACUGAGAUGAGCAGCACCAUCCAGGAAGAAUCUGCAUUUAUAAGUGAAACCGCUGCUCCAAGACAAGGAAAUAUGUACACUUUGUCAAAAGACAGUUUAUCCAAUGGAAUGCCUAGUAGCAGACAAGCAGAGUUUUCAUAAGUCCUGCUUCCGAUGCCAGCAUUGCAACAGUAAACUGAGUUUGGGAAAUUAUGUAUCACUUCAUGGACAAAUAUACUGCAGACCUCACUUUAAACAGCUUUUUAAAUCUAAAG